AAAGACGCUUUGUGAUCUCCGCCGCGAGUGAAUGGUGCUGCUCUCGCGUGCUGCCAUAUGGGCUACUGAAUCACGGCAGGGACAUUUAGCUUUGAAUGAGUAAAAAAUGGACGUGUAAUGUAAAAAAUGUAAACAUUUGGACGUUUAGCAGCGUGAAUGAAAAUCCGUGGGAGUUUUUGAGCAACUUUUCACUCCGGGAAAAGGAUGACAACAACACAAUAGUGUUGGCAACCUGCAAGUGUUUCAGUUCCCACACUGGAUCUCACAACAGCCUUCAACAAAGAUGAGGAUACAGGGACAGCCUGAGGGCGCAAGGAGGCGUCUGGAUUUAAAUGCAGUCGGUGAGCUGAGGGGUGUGGAGGUGAUACGUGGUCGGGCAGGAUAUGGCUUUACUAUUUCGGGACAGAGGCCAUGUCUGUUGAGCGGCAUUCUGGAGGGAAGCCCUGCUGACCUGGUUGGACUCAAACAGGGGGAUCAAAUCAUGGCCAUCAAUGGAACUGACGUGUCCAUUGCUUUGCAUGAGACUGUGGUGCAGUUGAUUGGCAGCUGCAAAGGACCUUUGCAGUUGGUGGUGCAUGUUGCAAGCCGACUCAUGGGGAACCCCAUUCUCCACGAUGCAAAAUUUGGGAAUGGCCAAAAAAAUGGUAUGUUCCAAAAGGCAGGUGUUCUCCGCACUAUCUCGCAUGAUUCAAGCAAUUCCUCAUUUAACUCAAUUCAUGCUAUCAGCACCAAACAGAGGCCGGUGUCAGAGCCUGAUAUGUCCCAAUGGUCACAACAGUGGAACUCUUUAGCUGAGCAGCAAAAAGAGGAAACUUCCAGAGUGGGGGACACAGACUCUGUGUUUACAGACACAGAAGACGCCAAUCCAGACUGGAGUAUGUUAAACAUGACCUUGGUGGUGGGUUACCUGAGCUCCACAGAGCUGAUUUUAAAUACUACCGGAGCAGAGGAGGACUGUUUAAAAGCCAUUCGGGAGCGAAUUCGACUGCUGGGAACAGAGCAGAAUACCCAUACUCUGGUGAUGAUGAAAAUCAUGUUUGACUGCGUCCGACUCUGUGACGACGCGGGAGCCGUAUUGGCAGCCUUUCCUGCUGAGAACCUGGUUUUAGGGGCAGUGUGUGCUGAAGACCCACGUUUUUUAUGCCUGGUCACUACAGCACAUAUUAUCAAUGGCCGUGUACCCGAGGAUGGUCCUCUGCGGGCCUCCUGCCAUGUUUUCUUUGUUGACCCAGAGCUGGGAAACCAUGAGGACCAUAUAGGCAUUGCUGGGCGCUUUGGCUUUGGCUGCACUCCAGAUCCAGAUGCCUUGGGCUGCCUGGAAUUCCCUCAGAAUCCCCAAGAAGUUCUUCACUUUGUCACAGUCCUGUACAGUGACUUGGGGGAGGCUGUGGAGAGGCUUCGGGUCAAACUGGACGCGGAGGCUCAGCAGCAAGCCAAGGAGAAUGGAAGCACAGGCAAACAAGGCAGUGCCAGCAGCAAUGGGGAUAGUGGAAUUGGCAAUGCGUCACCCCCUGAGGAGAGAGCGGACAGGGAUUUCCCUUCUGCAAUCCGAAACCCCCCUGGGGCCCACCUCCCCAGCUGUCCAUGGGAUUAUCCUCUGGCUGAAGACCUCACCCCAAUAAACCUCUCAAAGAAUGGCCAAAAACUGAAUCCAGAGAACAGUGCCAGCACACAUUCCCUUUCAGAGUCACUACCUGGCCCUGAUUCUCUUCAUAGAUUUUAUGGAGGUCCCCCACCCAGGCUUGAGUUCCAAUUUAAGCCCCCGCCACCUCCUCUGCCUUUGGGUAAAAAAGCAAACUUCCUUGUUGACCCUCUCAGGGGUAGCCAAAGGUGGUUCUCAAAGCCAAAGUGGCCCAAAGUCGUCAACGAUGAUCCUGAGCCUCAGGUGACCAACAACUGGUCCUCCAGCGUUAGCCUUGGCACAGGCACAAAUAACCUGCCUCCCCCCAUGAGCCAGAUCCCCUCAGACAGGUACUGCUCAGCAGAGGUCAUGAUGCUCCCUCCCAGAGAGGAAUGGACCAAAAGGUUUCUUGAACAGAGAGAGAAACAGCAGAAAGACGGUAGUACCAAAAAUGUGUCCAGGUUUUGGGGUGUGGGUGUUGCCCGUGCAUCUAAACGCCGCUCUUCCAAACGCCUCAGCCUGGCUCGAUCUCUGGAUGACCUUGAGGAUUCCAGCUUGGAAAUCGGAUCUCUGCAAUUCAGCCUUUUUAAAAGAAAAGGAUCAAAGAGGGUCUGUAGUACCGCAGAGCCACCCACGGUGGCUCAGAUCGUCACCAGAGGUGUCAACAAGAGGAAGGGGGAGUGUGGACAAGAGGUGAUGUCUGCUGCUUCCUCAGAUGGUGACCAUAGUGGCAUCCAGUUGCCGGGAUGCUGCAGCCAGACCAGCCUAAACAGUAAUGGCAGUCUUCCAGGAGCAGGCAGCCUUCGAGGGGUUCCGGAGCAGCGAGUGGCGAGCUGGGCUGCCUGCUUCGAACGCCUCCUUCAGGAUCCAGUGGGUGUACGAUACUUCUCGGAAUUUCUCAAGAAAGAAUUCAGUGAGGAGAAUAUCUUGUUCUGGCAGGCCUGUGAAUACUUCAGUCAUGUCCCUGCAACUGAUAAAAAGCAGUUGUCCCAAAGAGCCGGAGAGAUCUACAACAGUUUCCUGUCCAGCAAGGCCACCAUGCCGAUCAACAUCGACAGCCAAGCCCAGCUGGCUGAUGACGUCCUCACCUCCCCGCGGCCCGACAUGUUCAAGACUCAGCAGCUACAGAUCUUCAACCUGAUGAAGUUUGACAGUUAUUCGCGAUUCCUCAAGUCCUCCCUUUACCAAGAGUGCAUGCGUGCUGAGGUGGAUGGCCGACCCCUGCCGGACCCAUACCAGAUUCCCUGCAGUCCUGCGCCCUCGAAACACAGCGCCAGCUCUGACCGCUCCUCCCUCUCCACUCCGAAAAAGGAGGCUAGAAAGCAGAGGUCAGGGAGGUCACUGAAUGAAGAAAGCAAGGACGAGAGCGCCGACAAGAAGCGCGGCUUCUUCUCGUGGUCCCGCAACAGGAGCUUUGGGAAGGGCCCAAAGAAGAAGGACAUAGGAGACAUUAACCUUGACUACUGGGGCAGUAAUGGGCGGAGGGAGUCCCAGGGCUCCUUGUCGUCCGGUACCAGUCUGGAGAUGGCUACUUCCUGCUCUGCUGGGAAGAUUGAGUCUGAUAAUCGCCACUCGGUCUGGGAGCGUUCCCCCAAACAUUGCAGCGUGGUGCUGCCCGACGGAUCCUGCUCUCCUAUCAGUCUUCGGCCCGGUGCCUCCAUAAGGGAAGUCCUCCAGGAUCUCUGUCACAGCAUUAGCGUCAACAUCGCUGCGGUUGACCUCUUCCUGGUGGGAGGGGAGAAGCCUUUGGUGUUGGACCAAGACUGCAUGACCCUCAGCUCACGGGACUUGAGAGUGGAGAAGCGGACCUUGUUUAGAUUGGACCUGGUGCCCAUUAACCGGUCUGUGGGUCUUAAAGCCAAACCUACCAAACCCGUCACUGAGGUCCUGCGUCCCGUGGUGGCCAAAUAUGGCCUCCACCUCAGCGAUCUUGUGGCCAAAAUAAGCGGAGAAACUGAGCCUUUGGACCUAGGUGCCCCCAUAUCGAGUUUAGAUGGCCUGCGAGUUGUUCUGGAGCGGAUCGACCCAGCUUCAGGGAAAGACAAAUCCAAGGCUUCCUCCCUAAAGAACCACCCUCCAUCCAGGAGUUUUUCUGCUGCAGGAGAUGAGAGGUCAACACCAAAGGACUUUUCUGUGAAAACAAGUGGACCAGACUCAGCACUCCCAGGGGAAAAGAGAAAACAGAAAAAGAUUAAUAUAGAUGAAGCUGAAGAAUUCUUUGAGCUGCUGAGCCGGGCGCAGAGCACCCGAGCCAACGACCAGCGCGGACUCCUGCGCAAAGAAGACCUGGUGCUUCCCGACUUCCUGCGCCUGACCCCAGCCAUCUCCUCCUGCUCCGUCUCCUCGAACCUGGCCUGCUCCACUCCUGACUCCAUGAAACACAGCCGGGAGAACGGCGUCUCCUCCCGGGGGGCCCUCACCGCCAGCCUCCGUUCGGAGAGCCUGGACUCCUCCCUCAGCUCCAGCGCCAAUGGACACUCGGCGACCAGGCGGUGCUUGAUGCCCCCCACCCGCCACCCAACUUUUGGUACCCACCUGUCCCCCAUCCCCCGGCCCUCAGACACCCGGCCAAGCCUCCGCACCGUUGAGGAGGACGGCAACUGCGACCUGACCCUCGUGGGGGAGGGCCACAUCAGCAGCCCCAACAGCACGCUGCUGCCCGCAUCACCGUCCCCCGUGCCGUCCUUCGACUGCAGCCUGCCCGCGGCCAACUUCACCCCGCCACCACCCUGCCCCCAGUCUCAAGACGCAGGUGGAGAGGGAAAGACCAGUUCAGAGGGAAUAACAGAGCCGAGCUCUGACACCGCCGACCUCGCACAGAAUGUUGAGGAGGUGAUGGACGUGGACGGGGUUCAUCUAGAGGAGGGAACACUCGAAAAGUCCCAGGGAGAGGACUCUGAGCUCAGCUUGAGCUUCCAGGGCUACGUCGCCGAGCUGCGGCAGUGCCAGAGCAAGCUGAGGAAUACCCAGAUACCACAGAAUGGCCGCAACUCACCAGAGGGCAAGGACUGCAAGACAGACCUUUACAAGGCCACAAUUGUCUAAAGGGAACCCCCACUGCUGCACUUUUUAAGCCUGAGGCACUGUCUUUUGGAAGAGGAUUAGUCAAACGAUGGGCUGCAUGUACACUCCAAAAAAAUAAUCAAUAUUAUGGUGAUAGAUAUUGUAUAUUUGUUACGAAUUCUGGCGUCUUCUUGUUGAUUUUCAGUACUGGUUGUAAUUCUUGGACAGUGAUAUGUUUUUGUUAUGGUUUAGUUUAAUAAUGAAGUGCAAAAUAAUUAUAUUAUGAGCCAUGUUAGACCAAGGACAACCAUGGAAGAAGCCUGGAAUUGACUUUUGGGUACCAGUUUCUAAUUAGACAGUUUGUGUGUUGUAAUUAAUGGGUUUAUUAUAAAUCCUUACUUUCUAGUAAGCCAUUUAGAAUUGAUUUAAAGAGUUAAAUAAAAAGUCGAUUAUGUUAGUCAACUAUAUGUACAAGCCAAGGGAUUUAACAUUAAUUAAGCCAUCAAUUACAAUUUAUAGACGCAUGUAGUUGAAAGUUGGGCAAAAACUCUAAAGCACUACCAAAUAAUUGAAUGAAUUUAUCAACCAUUAAUUAAGAUAUUCAUUACAAUUUAUAUUAUAAAGACUUUUUAAAGUUUGACAUCACUACUCACUAGCUUUCCCAGCUAGUCUUCUGCUGAGGAAGGCUGUGAGAUCCAGUUGAAAGCUAAAAGAAACAAAAUAACUAGGAAGUGCAUCUUGAGUUAGAUUUCUGUCUUGUCAAACUACUGCUAUCCUGUUAGAAAGUGGUACCCAAUUAUGUUGGACCAUAUGUUAGAUUGGACUCUGUUUUAGGAUCAAAAGGGAGGUAAAUCUCAAUUUUCUUGCAUAUUUAACUUUUUUUUCUGUAUAUAUAUCUUCUUCUUAUGUUUUACAGAUAAUACAUGAAGGUACCUUUGUUGCCUGUACUUCCUGCUUCUGUGGUUGUGAGGUUGUCCACAUGUUGAAUGAUUAAAAAGCUUUGAUGGCUGUAAA